AUGGUUUAGAAUUUUGAAAAUUGUUUAACCCUUCUUCCAUUUGGAAUAAAUAUUCUUAUAAGAGGACUUUCAAAACAAUUAAGAAUUUUCAUAUUUACCAUAAUAAUCGGAAUUUAAAUAAUGACAUUUUUAACAAUUAAACCUUAAAAUUGUCAUCAAAUAGAGUGCCCAAAGAUUGAAAAAAAUAAUGAAAGAAUAUUAUUCUAUGAGAAGUAUAACAUUUAGGAUGAUGAUUUAAAUCUUUUAAGAUCAGAGCAUUUUUAGUAGGCCUAUAUAAUAAAUGCAUUUAAUUUCUAACUAGGAGUAUUCUUAAUUUUUUUCCCUUUAUUUUAUUAAGAGAAGUAUGAAAAGAUAAUGAAUUCUGUUCUUUAUGUUAUUUUAGUAAUUUUUUCCUUAGAAGCAUCAUUAUUAUUAACUACAGAAAUUAUUAGGUAAUUCAAUAUAUUAAGAUUAGAAUUCCACUAUUUGAUUUUACUUAUUUCGAAUUCUUCUCAUUUAUUAAAAUUCAAGAAAUAUCCAUAAUCCUAAUAGUAAGAGAAAUUUGCUCCUUUUUUAAUAAAACAAAUUAAGACUUACUAAGAGAAGCAUUAAUAUUUUAAAGAAAUAAGAUAAGAGAUUAGGAAUAAUUAAAUUAAAUAGAGAAUAAAUUAAGAUGUCUUGAAGAAAAACCAUAAAAAAGCAUUUUUUCUACAGAAAAUACAAGAUAUUUUAUUGGUGUUUUUGGAAUAUUGCAAAUGUUUUUAUGA